AUGACAUCGGACUAUCGCCUUCUUCGAGGAAGAUUUUCUUUCACACGGAGAGAAGAAAAAGCAGCGAAAUUCACAAAGCGAACUCCCAGAACCACCAUCGAAUGGGAACUUUUUGCUUCGUUUGUUAGCUUUUGGGAAGAUAUCUUCAUAGACAAUAUCGACGACGAAUAUGAACGGCUUGUAGAACAUCUUUACGGCUGUACGAAGAAAGAGAAGAGUUUCAAAACCUCCAAGAGACGCCUGCCUCCGGAAACUCUAGAGCUGAUAUGUGAUACGGAGCUGCAGUCAACCAAGAACUCACGUCGGAGCUCGCAAGACUUUGCAAAGGCGAUAAAAGAUCAAAGAGAGAAGAGUAGAAGUGUUGGCUGA